AUGCGCGGUCGCCUUUGUGUGGGUCAAGCGGCGGCAGCAGCGGCAGUGGCGGUCUCACUGGCAGGCGGGCUAGAGGGGAGUCCGGGCGGCGUCCGGCGUGGGUGCCGGGGGACCACCAUGGUAAAGAAGCGGAAAGGCCGUGUCGUGAUCGACUCGGACACUGAAGACAGCGGCAGUGACGAGAACCUGGAUCAGGAACUCUUGUCCUUGGCCAAACGGAAGCGCAGUGACUCUGAGGAGAAGGAGCCGCCUGUGAGUCAGCCCGCAGCCUCCUCAGACUCUGAGACUUCGGACAGUGAUGAUGAGUGGACAUUCGGCAGCAAUAAAAAUAAGAAGAAAGGAAAAGGCAGAAAAAUAGAAAAGAAAGGCGCCAUGAAGAAGCAGGCGAGCAAAGCCGCCUCCUCCGGUAGCUCGGACAAGGACAGUUCCGCCGAGAGCUCAGCCCCCGAGGAAGGUGAAGUGUCAGAUUCUGACAGUAACAGCUCCUCCUCCAGCUCAGAUUCAGACUCUUCCUCGGAAGACGAGGAGUUCCAUGAUGGCUACGGAGAGGACCUCAUGGGGGAUGAAGAGGACAGGGCCCGUCUGGAGCAGAUGACAGAGAAGGAGCGAGAGCAAGAACUGUUUAACCGCAUUGAGAAGAGGGAGGUGCUGAAAAGAAGAUUUGAAAUAAAGAAGAAGCUAAAAACGGCCAAAAAGAAAGAAAAGAAAGAAAAAAAGAAAAAGCAAGAAGAAGAGCAGGAAAAGAAAAAACUAACCCAGAUUCAAGAAUCUCAGGUAACAUCCCACAACAAGGAACGGCGUUCCAAGCGGGAUGAGAAACUAGAUAAGAAAUCUCAAGCCAUGGAGGAGCUGAAAGCUGAGCGAGAAAAACGGAAGAACAGGACAGCUGAGCUCCUCGCCAAAAAGCAGCCAUUAAAAACCAGUGAGGUCUACUCUGAUGACGAGGAAGAGGAAGAGGACGACAAGUCCAGUGACAAGUCCGACCGGUCGUCCCGCACGUCGUCAUCCGAUGAAGAAGAAGAGAAAGAGGAACUCCCUCCAAAAUCACAACCUGUCUCCUUGCCAGAAGAAUUAAAUCGAGUCCGGUUAUCACGGCACAAGCUGGAGCGGUGGUGCCACAUGCCCUUCUUCGCUAAAACUGUCACGGGCUGUUUUGUACGCAUCGGCAUUGGGAACCACAACAGCAAACCAGUUUACCGGGUAGCUGAAAUCACGGGUGUUGUGGAAACUGCCAAAGUUUACCAGCUGGGUGGCACCAGGACAAACAAAGGGCUGCAGCUACGGCAUGGCAGUGACCAACGCGUAUUCCGCCUGGAGUUUGUCUCAAACCAGGAAUUCACCGAAAGCGAAUUCAUGAAGUGGAAAGAGGCGAUGUUCUCGGCUAGCAUGCAGCUGCCCACUCUAGAUGAAAUCAAUAAGAAGGAAAUCUCUAUUAAAGAAGCUCUUAAUUAUAAAUUCAAUGAUCAAGACAUUGAAGAGAUUGUAAAAGAGAAGGAACGGUUCAGGAAAGCUCCGCCCAACUAUGCCAUGAAGAAGACUCAGCUGCUGAAGGAAAAGGCCAUGGCUGAGGACAUGGGGGAUCAGGAUAAGGCCAAACAAAUCCAGGACCAGCUGAAUGAGCUGGAGGAGAGGGCAGAGGCCCUAGACCGCCAACGGACCAAGAACAUAUCUGCCAUCAGUUACAUCAACCAGCGGAACCGGGAGUGGAACAUUGUGGAAUCGGAGAAGGCGCUUGUGGCUGAAAGUCACAACAUGAAAAACCAACAGAUGGACCCCUUCACCCGGCGCCAGUGCAAACCCACCAUCGUGUCUAACUCCAGAGACCCAGCUGUUCAAGCUGCCAUCAUGGCCCAGCUGAAUGCGAAGUACGGCCCGGGAGUAUUACCAGAUGCUCCAAAGGAAAUGAGCAAGGGCCAGGGGAAAGAUAAAGAUUUGAAUUCUAAGUCAGCCAAUGACCUCUCUGAAGACCUAUUCAAAGUACAUGAUUUUGAUGUGAAGAUCGAUUUACAAGUUCCCAGCUCAGAGUCCAAGGCUUUGGCCAUCACCUCCAAGGCUCCGCCAGCCAAGGACGGGGCUCCGAGGAGAUCUCUGAACUUGGAAGACUACAAAAAGCGGCGGGGACUUAUUUGAGCCUACUCAGCCUGCUGCUUCUGACCCUGCAUGUCCCUCCCGCUUUCUUCUUCUCCAUUGAUUUGCCCGCUCUGGGCCGAAGCAGCAGAACUGGGAAGAGACUCGGCACUGCCACCCUCUGUAAUACAAACCAUUUGCUGUAUAGAUCUCCCUUGUCUGCACCAUCGCCCACCAACUCCUGGCCCCACCGAGCAUGGGCCUGGACUCUCGGGCUUCAUCCAUGUUUUCAGAUUUGUGUUUCCAUUUUUGGUUUUGAAACCAGCACAAUCCAUUGGCCGCUCUGCACGCGUUCAGUAUUACCAUGGAGCUGGGAGUCUGGCUGGAGCCCUGAGUGUCCAUAGCUGCAGCACGGGGCAGUCUUCUCUGGACCCAACCAUUGAACAUUGGCACCUGACCCCUGAGGGAGCGGCGGCUGGGCACCUGCAGCCCUCCUCCCUCUCCUCCUCCUCUUUCUCCUCUUCCCAUCUCUGUGGAAGAGGUGUUUGCAAAACGGAUUUCGUUUCCAAAGUGUACAUUUGGGGGGGUGGGGGGUGGGCUACUUGAGAGAGUGUGUGUGUGCGUGUAUGUGUAUGUAAGCAUGUGGAUUUUUUUAUCAUUUUUAAAAAGGCAGUCCUCUUUGUAUCAGUCUGUCAUGGGUCUGUAGCUCUAUAGCUGUUUCAGUUUUUGUUUUUUUUUCAGCUGUACUCGAGCAUCUGAAACUGCCAGAAAGAAACUCAUUAAAUGUGAUUCUUCUUAUUAAACAGGCCUGACUGCUGUAGCUGUGUAACUCUCCUCCCCCACCUCCUCCCUCGUCACCUCCCUGACUUUGGCGCAGACACCCCUCUGCAGUGUAGCCCUCUGCCAGGAAGGCUGUGUCCCAGCAGGUGGAAGGGGAGCUGGGGUUUGGUACCAGGGAGGACAGCAAAGGGGCCUUGCUCCCCCUGGGGUCCAUCCAGCGGCUUCUGAAGGCUCCCCUCCCAGGGGACCUGCCUCUUUUAGCCGUCUGUUAGGAAUAUUGCUUUGUUUUUAUGUUGUUUAAUAUGUUUUUGUUUUUAAGAGAAAGCAUUCAACAUGUAUGCAGAGAGUACAAACACAAAAAGAUCUGGUUGCAAAUGUUACGAGCGUGUGCUGUGUGUGUGUUUGUGUGUAUGUGUGUGUGUGCGAGGCACGUGCAUAUAUAUGGUAAGCAUAUAUAUUGUGCAGCUAGGGUGAAACCAGCAAAGAGGUGUGUAUGUCUUUAUGAAAUGUUUGAAAAGAGAUAAGCCGACUGCUUGAUAAUCAUUCUCAGGUGUAAAGCUCCAAGUGUAAAUAAAAGUGGCAUUUAACAAAUCUUUUCAGAACAAAGUACAACUGACUAUAUAUACCAAGCUAAAGAACAGCUGAGCGCUGCCAGUUGCCCUCAGAAGGAGAGACAUCCAGAAGCUCUGCUCUGUAUUUCACUCACCCAGCUGUUGGGUCAGGACAGAGGACGGGGAAUCACGGCAUUCUGUGGUAUUUGAACGUAAAAGUGAACUUGUUAACUCUCCCGGGUAGAAGAAGAGCCAGCCCUCAGUGUUGCUUUACCUUGCUUUAAAAAAAGUGGUUUUUUUUGAAAGCAGCAGUGGAUGGUUUUAAAGAAGUAUUGUGACUAUAAAAUUGAUGAUGAUACCUGUAACACAACUGUGUGUUGCUGUGGCACAGUGUGAUUGGCAGAGGAGUGGUGGUGGACUUACUAAAAGCAUAUCUACUUGAAGAGUCCAUUGACCAAAACACUUUGUAGACGAUUGUGUAAAUGUGGAAUCACAGACUGUAAACAUUGCCUGGACGCCAGCAGAGUCCCCGGGGCUGCUGGGACCUCUCGUAUCAUGUUGAACGUGGACUUUUUCUUUUCUGGUUUAAAAGGCGUAAGAUGAUAGAAUCCGUUUACUUUACUAAAGUCGUUCUGACCCACCGUGUAGAUCUGUAUUUAGUAUCAUUUGGAUUUGGAGACAUGUUGAUUACCUGAUGGCUGUGUAAUAAAAUUUUUUAUUGAAACUGCAUCAUACUGUAGCCACUUUGCCACUACCUCUUCGCAUGCAGCUGCGGAAACCUUCAUUGUGAAGCGCCACAGCACGCGGCAGGGAGAGAAGCCAAGCAGAGAAGACCCCAGUUACCUGCCCGAGUGGCUGGUUUGGUGACUGGGAUCAAGACUGAGGACUUGUCUGCAGACACAUAUGAGGCAGGGCCUCUGGACCAAGAUCGUGCCCAGGCCUAAGACAUUGGCUUUGUCCAAUCAGUGGUGGCUUGUCGGUUGACAGGCUUUCUCCUGCUGGGGGAUGACUGCUGAGGCCCCUACCCGUGACCUAUACGUAUUGAAGGGUAUGGCACCUAAGGUGGUUUUUCACCUUUUUCAGUUCCUUCCAAGAAGCAAAAAGCCCAAUGUCUGUAUGCCUAGCCCACUAUGUACAAGUCUGUUUGCCUUGCUUCUGACUAGGGAACGUCUGCUGCUUGCAACUCCCCUUCCAAAAGAAUGAUUUUGUUUUCUUUGUUUCUGUGAAGUCCUGCCUUGUCACUCAAAUUGUACAGAUAUUUGUAAAUAAACUUUAUGCCCUGUUUUAA